ACAACGUGAAUAUUCACGAUGGACGUCGACUCUGCCUCUUCUCAUCGUCGUCUAACGUUGUCUACCGUGCGAGGUGUUAAAGCGCGACGAGGCUUAUCUCUUGAUUUCGUAGACGUGAGUGUCGACGUCAGUGAAAAAGAGAAAGAAAUUCUUCACGCCGUCAGCGGCGGAGUCGAGCCAGGAGAAAUGUUGGCGAUUAUGGGACCAAGCGGAGCUGGAAAGACGACCCUGUUGAAUGUCCUUGCUGGACGUUUAAAAUCAGCUUACAAUUACACAGGCCAGAUCAACGUCGAUGGUGAGCCUCUUAACAAACAACUGAGAAGGAAAGUGUCGUACGUCCUCCAGGCAGAUGUCUUCUUCUCGUAUCUCACUUUGAAACAAGCGCUUACGUAUUCGGCUCUUCUUCGAUUGCCUUCGUCGAUGUCUAAGAGAGACAAAUUACGGAUGGUUGAUCGUGCUAUUGAAGUCUUAGGAGUACAGGAUUGUCAAAACACAAUUUUUGGAAAUGCUUUCUAUUCUGGCCUCUCAGGAGGUGAAAAGAAGCGAGCCAAUAUUGCUUGUGAGUUGCUGACAGACCCUGCCAUACUGAUGCUUGACGAGCCAACAUCUGGUCUUGAUUCUAGCACUGCUCUCAGUCUUCUAAAGACUCUUCGUCACUUAGCAAUAGACGAAGCUAAAACACUAAUUGCUACCAUCCAUCAACCUUCAACACAAUGUUAUUAUGAAUUUGAUAAACUACUUCUAUUGUGUGAAGGAAAGGUUGCUUACUGUGGACCAACUGGUAAAGUUGUUGAUUAUUUUAGUUCAAUUGGAUUUGAGUGUCCGGCUCAUUACAAUCCUGCAGAUUAUGCUUUGGACUUGGUAACGGGUAGUGAAUCACAGCAGAGAGAACUGACUGAAUCAUGGAAGGAAAGAAAAGGCAUCUUUUCAUCCACCAUAUUCGCUAACCAACCACUAGACGUUAUUAUCAAAGAACCAAUGACUCACCAAACACAACAGCAAGAAAGCUCUACCAACAAUCUUUCCAAUGGAGACAUCCCCACUAACCAACUAUUCAGUGAAUCUUCCAACAAUCAGUUACGUCGUCAAGACAGCUACUCAGAGGCAAUCAAUGCUGUGGUUACAGACGUUGAAUGUGACACGGCAAAAUAUGAAGUUACAGAGAACCACAAGUUCCCAACAAGUUUCUGGACACAACUCAGUGUUCUAUCUCAACGUUCGUUCUAUCAAGCCAAACCAGAUAUUCUCAGCAAGCUGGGCUUUAUUCAAAAUAUUAUUAUUGGUCUUAUUGCUGGAUUCAUUUGGUUUCAAAUUUCAAGUGAUGAAAAGAACAUUCGUGAUCGUGCAGCAUUUUUUUUCUUUCAGUCAGGCUACUGGGGAUUCCAACCAGUCGGUCAAGCAUCAUUGGCUUUCUCUCAAGAGAAAGCAGUUGUACAGAAAGAACGAGCCGCUGGUUCGUAUCGCCUCUCAGCUUACUAUAUCUCCAAGUGUUUCAGUGAAAUACCGUUGAUUCUUGUUCUACCGUUUAUUGAGUUUACGAUUGCUUAUUACAUGGCUGGCAUGCAUGGUGCAGAUCGAUGGAUUUUGUCUUUUUUUAUCCUCAUUAUCAGCUCCUUUGCAGCACAGUCUCUUGGUCUGUUUGUUGGAUCUUUGUUGUCGAAUCUGAAGGAGGCACUGACUGCUGGAGUUAUUGCAAUGCUGACGUCUUUGCUUAUUGGUGGUUUCUAUGUCACGAAUUUUCCACCGUGGCUUCAGUGGGUGAAGUAUCUGUCAUUGAUCACGUACACAUGGGACGCGUUGUUGAGUCUGGAGUUUAUGGGCAGCUCUCCUUUCAGGUGUGAUCAUGUCAUUUCAUCUUACUCCGUGUGUGAAAACAUCACUGCUACUAAUGGAUCACAUUACCUCAUCACAGGGGAUGAUGUCUUACAAAGCUUCGACGUUGCACUUCGGCCAUGGCAGUCUGUUAUGUGCCUCUUACUGUACUCACUGAUUUUUCGAAUUCUAACAUAUCUGGCACUACGGUAUCUUCACAAACCCAAGUAAGAAUGCAAUACAACAAAUUAUUUUGCUUGGAUGUGGUUUGUAGUUUGUACUAAUUUAAGAAUGAAGUUUCUUAUAUUGGCAAAUGAUUGUGUUAUGUGAAAUACUGUACAUGCAACUACAUCUCAUGAAAAUUAAGUGUCAGACAUUUUUGUACAAUUAUACACUCGAACCUCACUAGUCCCGACCUCCAAGAUCUGGACACUUAACCCUAACCCAUAACCCUGACCCUGACUCUAAC